AAAUCUGUCAGUCAUGCUUGCCCACACCCUCUCAGAAUGCAGCAUGGGGGAAAGAAUGUAACACAAUUAAGGAACUGUAGCCAGGCAGAGUGUCUUUAUCGCCAAACAGUCGUCGUUUUCGGAUGAUUGAAUUUAAGUGAUGCUCAAACGAUGCCUAUAGUGGACAAGCUCAAGGAGGCCCUGAAGCCCGGCCGGAAGGACUCCUCGGCGGGCGACGAUAGCGACCUCAAUAAGCUGCUGGCCUCCUCGGCCAAGAAGGUCCUGUUGCAGAAGAUUGAGUUUGAGCCGGCCAGCAAAGGCUUCUCCUAUCAGCUGGACAGUCUCAAGACCAAAUAUGUGAUCCUCAACCCACGCGGCAGUGAGGGGGCCACGUCGGGUCAGAGGGCCAGCACAGAGCCCGCUCAGAUCAAGAGGCAAGUUUCAGACAACCAGUGUGGGGGCCAGAGUGAUGGGAUCCCCGCCCCGCAGAAGAUGCUCUUCCCUGGGAACAGACUCUCCAUGCGUUGGGAGCGUGUCUACCGGGUGGGAGCCGGCCUCCACAACCUGGGCAACACCUGCUUCCUUAACUCCACUGUGCAGUGUCUCACCUACACACCGCCCCUGGCAAACUAUCUCCUCUCCAAGGAGCACAGUCGUGCCUGUCACCAGUCGGGUUUCUGUAUGAUUUGUAUAAUGCAGAACCACAUCAUCCAAGCCUUUGCCAACACAGGAAAUGCCAUCAAGCCUGUCUCCUUCAUCCGAGACCUAAAAAAAAUUGCCAGGCACUUUCGGUUCGGUAGCCAGGAAGACGCCCAUGAAUUCUUGCGCUACACCAUCGAUGCCAUGCAGAAAGCCUGUCUGAACAGCUACCCCAAGUUAGACCGGACGACACAGGCCACCACAUUGGUCCACCAGAUAUUUGGCGGUUACCUCAGGUCGCGAGUUAAGUGUUCCAUUUGCAAAAGUGUGUCUGACACGUACGACCCUUACUUGGACAUCGCUGUGGAGAUUCGACAAGCAGCAAAUAUCGUCCGAGCCCUGGAGCUCUUUGUCAAGCCCGACGUGUUGAGUGGAGAGAACGCCUACAUGUGUGCCAAGUGUAAGAAGAAAGUUCCGGCAACAAAGCGAUUCACAGUCCACCGAACGUCCAAUGUUCUGACCCUGUCUCUCAAGAGGUUUGCCAACUUCAGUGGAGGAAAAAUCACCAAGGACGUUGGCUACCCAGAGUUCCUGAACAUCCGCCCCUACAUGUCUCAGAGCACAGGGGACCCGGUCAUGUAUGGCCUCUAUGCUGUCCUGGUGCAUUCUGGGUACAGCUGUCAUGCUGGCCACUACUACUGCUAUGUCAAGGCCAGCAACGGGCAAUGGUACCAGAUGAAUGACUCGAUGGUCCAUUCCAGUAACAUCAAAGUAGUCCUGAAUCAGCAAGCCUACGUUCUAUUCUACCUGAGGAUCCCAGAGACCAAGAAGAACGUGGAUGGCCAGAUCACCAAGCAGGGAAUGGGGAAGAACGUAGCGACGUCAGAACAGUUCAGGAAGACCAACCUCAACAGACCCCUGUCCUCUCCCCAGGUCACCAAGAAACUGGACCCUUUCCAGCUGCGUAAGAUUCAGUCUGUAGAGGGCGGCCUGGGCAUACCCGUGUCUAGGAACGGCUCCAACAUCUCCCAGCAGCCCAACAAGAUGUCCAACGGGACGUCCUCCUCCUCCCACGCACCCACCAGGAUACCCAGUGGACCCAUGCUGAUCGAGGAGCCCUUCAAGAAGCUGAAGAAGCCCUGUCCUCCUCAGCAGCCCCAGGCGCGCAGUAGCACCCCCGCCCCCUCCAACGGUGUGGGCGGCAGGUCGGACGGCGGAGACCGGAGGCACGGGACCCAAGGGGCCAGGGGCCUGGCCGCAUCUACCUCACUCAAGUCCCUGUCAGACUCCUCCUCGGCAGACACCUCCGACUCAAAGGAUUCCAUGGGUACCAAAAGUGCGCCGGUUGGUGGGACGUCCACCCCCCCUAGGAAUGUCUCGAACGGCAUGGCCUCCCCUGCCAAGAGUGUGGAGCGCGUGGGCACGGAGGAGCAGAAGACAGUCAAGCUAAAACUGGCCCUCAACAACAUCACAUCUUCACCCACCGGCACCACGUCUCCCCCACCCGCCAAGAAAUUGGCCCUGUCGGCCAAGAAGGCCAGUCGCAGCCGGAGUCCGAGCAGCACUGAGGCUCAACACCCCCACCUGCCACGCCAUCCGUCCAGUGACCGCACGCAUCCUGCUCAACUUAACCUCACCUUCACCUCACCCACUCACAGUCACAGGGUUGGUCCAUUCCAUUCACCCAAACUGCAAUCUCCACCUGCAGCCCACCAUGUCCACUCAGGCAUCCCAUCUAAGCAUCAGAGUCCCCAGAAAUCAAACUCCACCCUCUCUCCAAAAACCAAUGGGCUUCAGACCCACCUUCCAAAGAGCCCUAAACCUACCAAGACCCCCAGUCUGUCAGAGCCUGGCCCAAGCAGUUCCGCCACCUCCUUAAAGAAGAACAAUAAGAAACGGCGUCACUCUGAGAUGGAAGGCGGAGAGCGAGAGGCAGCACUGGCCUACGUCAUCCCAGACAUCCCCGCUGAGCCCGAACUGAUCGAACCAGCCAGUGAGAGGAAGAGGAGGAAAAGGAGAAAGAAGAGGAAGAGGGAGGAAGAGGAUGGAGAUGCAGCCGUGAACCACAGGGAAAGGGUUCAGUCUCAUCUGGAGGCUUCACCGCCGGCACAAGAGGAGGACUGGUGUCAGGGAGGAUCAUGGAGACUCAGCCCCCCUGACCAAAGAGCCCUGGAACAACCAAAGCUGCCCCAUCCCCAGCCUAAGAGUAAGCUCCAGUUGGUUCCAGUGGUUCUCCAGUGUGAUGCGAAUCAAGGAGAGCAGAGUAUGGACACUGUGAUGAUGAUGAAGAGGAGGAGGAGGAGGAAGAAAAGGAGAUUGGAGGAGGGACCGGAGGAAGCAACAUUAACACGUUCUGUUUCAGAAAGCAGUUCUGGGACGAAGGACACGGUUGUUGAAAACGGCGCUGGGGAUUCUAUUGCCCCAAAGAAGUUAAAGAAGCGCAGGCUAAAAGAAGAGGUGAAACAGUGGGAGGAAAGCAGACGUUGUUGCUCCAGCGACCAGAGGAGCGACACUGAAGCAGCGGAGGCCCUUCCCAAGAAGGGCACCGUGGAGAGCACCGCUGGAGUGAUCGUGUGGGACAGCCAGGUUAAGGAUGGCUACAAGCGCUCCAAGGCCCCCGCUGCAGAAGCAGUAGAGGGUGGUCCUGGGGAUGUCCCCCACCCAGCCCCCAUGGUCUGGGAUGGAAAGAGGAGUGGUGGAGUGGUUGAGGAGCUCCUGAAGAACUCUUUGGACAAAGCCUAUGGAACCCAAGUCCUCAGCUGGGAGGGAGAGGCAUCUGCCAUCAGUAGGGAUGCCAUUGACGACACCCGCGAUGCCAGAACCGACAUGGUGAUUGACGAGUGGGAUGAGGACUUUGACAGUGGAAAGGUGAAGAAAAUGAAAAAGUACAAGCGAGAGAAGAGGAGGAGCGGCAAUAUCUUCCAGAAGAUCCAGGACCGGCGGAGCAUGUGGUCGGUCACACCCGGCGCCAAGAAGACCGGCUUUGGAUACCGUCACUGAGAGCCGACCAGAAUGGAUGUUUGGAUACAGUCACUGAGAGCCGACCAGAAUGGAUGUUUGGAUACAGUCACUGAGAGCCAACCAGAAUGGAUGUUUGGAUACAGUCACUGAGAGCCAAUCAGAAUGGAUGUUUGGAUACAGUCACUGAGAGCCAACCAGAAUGGAUGUUUGGAUACAGUCACUGAGAGCCAACCAGAAUGGAUGUUUGGAUACAGUCACUGAGAGCCAACCAGAAUGGAUGUUUGGAUACAGUCACUGAGAGCCAACCAGAAUGGAUGUUUGGAUACAGUCACUGAGAGCCAACCAGAAUGGAUGUUUGGAUACAGUCACUGAGAGCCAACCAGAAUGGAUGUUUGGAUACAGUCACUGAGAGCCAACCAGAAUGGAUGUUUGGAUACAGUCACUGAGAGCCAACCAGAAUGGAUGUUUGGCCACAUACAGUACAACUGAACUGGAGUGACGACACGUGACACCACUGUAACAAUAUGAAACUUUUUUUAAUUGCUUGGCGGUUCAUACCCUGAUUGCAAUACGAGAGACCAUGGCCAGUUGACAGAACAACACAUCUUUGAUCUGUGCUGGUCUCUUCACUAUAGAACUUACCGCAAGUCUUCCUUUGAUGACCGAGUCUGGUGAGCUGACCAACAUGGGCUGUGAUGUUACCACCGUCAGCCAGGGUUCAGCAACAAUGAGUUGACCAUUGCUUCUACACCGUUGUCUCAGAUGGAUAUGAAAAUAUUGUUCAGUCAAUGGUGCUCAAGCUGCUCAUGAAUAUGAUGGAUUUACCGUACUGUGAUGAGCUUCCAUCUGUGGUAAUAACAUGACACUAUGUUAUGUUAGGAAUUCAGAACAAGUCAUGUCAGAAAUUCUCAUAUUUGUACAUUUUACAUGGUUGGGCUACUCUAGGAGACGGUUCUGGCGUUUUUCUAGCCGGUAUCAAAGGAUGUGGCAUACACCAUAUAGCAUUUAUCUGUGUGAAAGGCUGAGGUGAGAGAUGUUGUAUCAUGUAUGCUAGAUAACCCUUACCCAUCAGCUAAAUGUAUUGAAACCUAUGAGGGAGACACUUGGGUUGUGUUCAGGUGGGCGAAACGUGCAGAACUUUGAAUUAUAUUAAUGUAAUGAAUAGAGCUGAAAUGACUUCCUAUAGAAAAUCAUUGUGUUCUACACAAUCUAUUUCUCUGAACAUUCUAAAAUGUUGCAACCAGAUUUAGUGUUAAAAAAAAAUUGGUUGGUUGGUAAACGUUGAUCGCCGCUCUUGCUGAGUAAAGCAACACUCCCUAUAUGUUCAAUGCAUUUUCCCGCAAAUGGAGGGUAAACGCUCGGGCAAAAUACAAAAACAUGCGUAAAUGACAUUACCGUGCGUUUACCCUCUACUACACCACUGGUUACAACCGCUGUGCUGACUGGGCGAUCUGCAGGACAUACUGUUCUCCUGACUCAUAUGGCCUAUUCUGUAUGUGAAGACAUGUGGUGACCAUCUCACGCUGAUCACCAUCAGCACAAUCACCAAGUCACCUUUAAAAGAUCCCAAACAUGAACAGGACUACAGAUGGUGAAGCCAUCAUAACUGAUAUGCUUUAUUCCCAUCCUCUCUUUUAGUUUGGGAAUGAUUGAUACUUUUAUGGUUUUAUGGUUUCUUAUUCUGUGUGAUUUCUUUGCCACAAUGCCUUCUUGGUAUGUUCUACAUGACCUGAUAAAACUGACCCACUGUGGCUGCUGCUGACACAUUUACAUAUUCUGAUUCUACUGUUAUUUUACAAGCAUGAAUUUGGAGGGGGAAACAGUCACAUGCCUGUCCCACGCAGACUAAAGGCCUCCAUCUUUAGUUUAAUCUGAUUGAUUAUUGUAUGCGUGAUGGUGGUAUUUGAAGUUUCCUAUAUCAGAAUAUUCAGUUCUGCGUCCCUAACAGAUUUUUUUUUGUGUUUCCUUUCCUGAGUGAAUUUGACGGUUCUGAAGAUGUAAUUUGGUAGAUGUGUCAGAAUAGAAAAUGUCAUGGUCGAUUAACACCAAGUGAUGCUGGAAUAUGAAUUGCCCCGACAUCAGCUAAUUGCAAAGUUCAUAGGCGGAUGUCUCUACCCCCAGGUCAAGUUGGGGACUGUAACGAUAACGUCAAGGCUUUGCCUGUUUGUAAUACCACAUAAUCCACUUUUUAAUGGAUUAGGCAUAUCAUUGUUUCAUCUGCUUUCUAAUCCAUUUGCUCUCCUUUCUGGUAAAUAGUCCCAUUCUGUUUUGCAAAAGAGGGUAUGAGUGUGAUUCUGGGGUGGGUGGGUUGAAUUGGAAACUUUUUUUCAACCCUAGACAUCUACAGUAGGUCAUGAGUGGAGCUAAUUGCUCAUCUCUUCUGCGUGUCAUUCCCAAAAUGUCAAGUCCUUGGUCCCUGGUCUCUAACUAAAGGUUGUGUUGGUGACCAUCGUUUAGUAAUGCUCCAUCACCAGCUCCCUGGUCUCUAACUAAAGGUUGUGUUGGUGACCAUCGUUUAGUAAUGCUCCAUCACCAGGUCCCUGGUCUCUAACUAAAGGUUGUGUUGGUGACCAUCAUUUAGUAAUGCUCCAUCACCAGGUCCCUGGUCUCUAACUAAAGGUUGUGUUGGUGACCAUCAUUUAGUAAUGCUCCAUCACCAGGUCCCUGGUCUCUAACUAAAGGUUGUGUUGGUGACCAUCAUUUAGUAAUGCUCCAUCACCAGGUCCCUGGUCUCUAACUAAAGGUUGUGUUGGUGACCAUCAUUUAGUAAUGCUCCAUCACCAGGUCCCUGGUCUCUAACUAAAGGUUGUGUUGGUGACCAUCAUUUAGUAAUGCUCCAUCACCAGGUCCCUGGUCUCUAACUAAAGGUUGUGUUGGUGACCAUCAUUUAGUAAUGCUCCAUCACCAGGUCCCUGGUCUCUAACUAAAGGUUGUGUUGGUGACCAUCAUUUAGUAAUGCUCCAUCACCAGGUCCCUGGUCUCUAACUAAAGGUUGUGUUGGUGACCAUCAUUUAGUAAUGCUCCAUCACCAGGUCCCUGGUCUCUAACUAAAGGUUGUGUUGGUGACCAUCAUUUAGUAAUGCUCCAUCACCAGGUCCCUGGUCUCUAACUAAAGGUUGUGUUGGUGACCAUCAUUUAGUAAUGCUCCAUCACCAGGUCCCUGGUCUCUAACUAAAGGUUGUGUUGGUGACCAUCAUUUAGUAAUGCUCCAUCACCAGGUCCCUGGUCUCUAACUAAAGGUUGUGUUGGUGACCAUCAUUUAGUAAUGCUCCAUCACCAGGUCCCUGGUCUCUAACUAAAGGUUGUGUUGGUGACCAUCAUUUAGUAAUGCUCCAUCACCAGGUCCCUGGUCUCUAACUAAAGGUUGUGUUGGUGACCAUCAUUUAGUAAUGCUCCAUCACCAGGUCCCUGGUCUCUAACUAAAGGUUGUGUUGGUGACCAUCAUUUAGUAAUGCUCCAUCACCAGGUCCCUGGUCUCUAACUAAAGGUUGUGUUGGUGACCAUCAUUUAGUGCUCCAUCACCAGGUCCCUGGUCUCUAACUAAAGGUUGUGUUGGUGACCAUCAUUUAGUAAUGCUCCAUCACCAGGUCCCUGGUCUCUAACUAAAGGUUGUGUUGGUGACCAUCAUUUAGUAAUGCUCCAUCACCAGGUCCCUGGUCUCUAACUAAAGGUUGUGUUGGUGACCAUCAUUUAGUAAUGCUCCAUCACCAGGUCCCUGGUCUCUAACUAAAGGUUGUGUUGGUGACCAUCAUUUAGUAAUGCUCCAUCACCAGGUCCCUGGUCUCUAACUAAAGGUUGUGUUGGUGACCAUCAUUUAGUAAUGCUCCAUCUCCAGUGGACUUCAGCUUUGUUGUGCAUCAUGUGUUUUCUGAAUGAAUUUUGGGCCUCAAUAUGAACCAACAGUUCUUUCUUUGUGUGUUCUAUCCCAGAUAAAGAGUUGCAUGUAGGCUGGUCCCAGAUCUGUUUGUGUGGUUUGGCCAACACCUAUGGCCAUUGUAAAUGUUGGAAAUACAGCACAGACAUCUGGGGCCAGGCUAGAUUACGUACGUUGCCCCAGGCAUUGUUAGUUUGAAGUUGAUGUAUAUACUAUUAGUACAUGAUCAUUGUCCCAAUCUGUACUCUCUCUAUGCAAAUCACCCACAGACAGUCCAACUAACUGGUCAUCUGGAACCUGAUGUACCCAGCCAUCCCCCAACCUUACAACCCUCAUGUUCAACCAACCUUCUAGCCAAGUCCACAUUUUAUUACACACCACCACCAUUUUUAUCCUGUUUUCUACCAGUAUAUUUGGGGGGGCGUGAAAACAUGGGAUCUUCCACUUUAUCUGGGCACUGAUUUUGAUAAAUAGAUUAUAAAUGCUAGUCAUUAAACAAAAGCGCUUGGCCAGUGUAGAAGAUUGUACAGUCCGCCUGGUGUUUCCCAAGCUUUCCCCAUCAUCCCUGCGUAGACUUAGCCUUUUACAAACCAUCCGGAUCUGAUCGGCUACACGGAAACAGAAUGCACGCUUGUGAGAUCAGGAUGAUUCGUACGAGGCUAGUGUAGUUCUAGCCACCCAUUGACUUUCAUUCUGGAGAUGUCAGCUUAAACAGUAUAGUUAAUUGAUAAUGUUAAAUAAUUUAAAGACACUUUUCACAAAUCUUUAAUGUGUUAUAAAAAAAUACAGAUGAAAUCUGUAUUUGGAUUGGUGGGGGGUUGUGAAACUUAAAAUAAUUUCUUGCAGAUGGAUGUUCAUAUGUGCGUGUUUCAUACGAUGACACCUUGUUACUGUAGUGUCAUACAGUACGAGAGCGGUGUCAUCACCAGUUCCAUUGAAUGUGUUUCAUGUUGACUGUGAAAUGAGCUUUAGGACAUGUUCGAUUCUCAAGGAAACUGACACGAGGACAUUAUACUGGUGUGACUGAUCCACGUCAUAUUUGCAUUGAUGGUUCUAUACUUUGCACCGCCUUUUCAGACCAAGGAGAGACCUUUCAUAAUGAAAAGUGACUCUUACCAAAAUGGAUCAUGUAAUUAGCUAUACAGGUGCAAUAAAGUUGUGACUUUGUGAA